UAAAAUAAAGCAUAAAACCAAUAGAAAGGUUGACCGGACGGCUGAAAAGGGUAACUUUAAUGCCCAAUAUUUUUGUUAGACCUUCAGGAGCUACACUGAAGCUAAGUAGAUAUGGAUAAAACGGUUACAAAAUUUUAAAUGAUAUUAAAGGAAAUAUGUGACAUGAUUGGUUGACAAAAAUAGAGACAAGAGUCGGGUGGGGUCAAUAUUGAGCCCGCGAACAGGCCGAAAACUAAUCAUGUAAUAAUUAACUCUGUAAUGAUUAAUUUGUGAAGGCCUGGACAGCAUUCAGUAACAUACCACAAAUAGUAGUCCUUGAGCAUAACACGAGCAGCGAUAGAAGCACGAUGACGGAUCUAUCGGAAGAGCAAAUUCUAGAAUUCAAGGACGCUUUCAGUCUUUUCGACGAAAUAGGGGAUGGAAAAGUCGACAAAACCCGAAUACCCGACAUUCUGAGGUCGCUCGGAUUGAAUCCACUCAAACAAGACAUCGAAAAGGUGAAAGAAAGUCUCAAGUCCAACAAGGACAGAAUCAGUUUCGAAGAAUUUCUUCCCAUUUACGUUCCUCUCGCUAAGAAGCAAGCUGGAAGCGCAGAGGAGUUUAUCGAGGCGCUCAAGAUGUUCGACCGUGAAGGCAACGGAAGAAUCAGGACUGCGGAGCUACGCCGGAUGUUGACAGCGCUUGGAGACAAGCUGACCGAGUCCCAAGCUGAUGUGAUCGUCGGCCUACACGAAGUGAAGGGCGGAUUCGUGGACUAUGAAAAACUUGUACAGGAAGUUAUGUCAAACUGAAACAAUUUGAACAAACUAGGAACAAAAUGAACAAGGUGUGUCGAUGUUGUAAAUAUUCCAGCGGGACUCGUUGUUUAAGUUUGAAACUAGCCUCGCCGCUCAGUAGAUUUUCCGAAAUACAGCUCUGCUUUAAUUUCUCAUGUUUGUAAAUUUGAUGUUGCUUUAGUUCUCGUUUCUAUUUCUCAUGUGCAACUGACAAAUAAGAUCAAAAUUUACGCGGUCCAGCGUCUAGUUCAUUUGGAAACAAAGGAAUUUGCGUAAGUAAACUUAAGAGCUUUUUUGUUCACAAAAGUCAUGUAAUUAUGCAAGUAACAUUCCAAGUCCGGGAUACUACUGUACGACUGAUUUUAGUGUUAUUUUAAGCUGGGAAUUUUAAGGCUCCCUAUUUUAUGUGCAAACGCUCUGAAAGAUACCCGAUUCAUCGUUACCCCUUCGUAUAUUUCGUCACUUUCGUUUCCGCAUAUGCUUGUUAUUCAGAAACUACAUUUAAUCAGUGUGCACCCUAGGGAUUAUAACAUAAAUAUAUAUAACAAUAAAACUCCCUUUUUGCCUC